AUGAUCAACAAUUGGCAACAUUUGAUCAGUGCAUCACAUUUAUUGACAAAUGAGCCGAAAAUUUCAGUUAUUAAAUCAAUAAUCUCAUCGACAAACAUAAGUCAUGGCUGUCAUCAAAGUAUUGUCGAUACCAUUGAAUCGUUUGGUCGACUCGAGGACUGGGCCUACGAAUUGGUCAACUCAUGGGGCAGUUUUCCACCCAAAGGUGUCAUAGAGGGUACACUAACCGAUUUUGGUUCAUAUGACCAGUGUUUGGCCAUUGCUAACAAUGAACGAUUAGGACAAUCCCAGUACUGUUUGGUAGAUAUUAUUGUUCAAAUGCCUCAACAAAAACAACCGGAAAACCAAAACUAUUUCGAUAGUAUCAAUGUUUUACCGGACAGUUAUAAUAAAACCAAUGGCAAUGUGUUUGUUAAGCUAUCGAAAGAGUCGUCAUUCAGUAUUAAACAUAAUAUAAGCCGAAUAUUAUCGUCCGAAUCCAAUCAGGAGUUGUCAUGUAUUCAUGGCAUCAGAUUUAUAACAAUUGUUUGGGUUAUGUUUGGCCAUACCAUCGACUGGACCUAUUGGGGACAUUUUAGACAAUCAUUUAAAAUGAAACAUCUAUUAACUGCACCGGAAAAUCAAAUAUUAUUGCAAGCCUUUUAUAGUGUCGACACAUUUUUCUUUAUUAGCGGUUUAUUGACAGCUUAUAUAACAUUGAAAUACACUGAACGCCAAUUAAAUCAAUUCAAUUGUAUCGGGUUUUUAUUGUCCCGUUAUAUACGAUUGACACCACAGCUCUGUUUCUUUAUAUUGUUAACCUAUUUGAUACCAUUGAUGAGUUCGGGACCCGUUUGGCGACAACAUAUCGACCCGAUUGUCGACAAUUGCUAUACAAAUUGGUGGCAAAACUUGAUUUAUAUGCAAAACUUGUUAAAUGCCGAUGGAUUUCAAAUGUGUGGAUUGCAUACAUGGUUUAUAGCAGCGGAUAUGCAAUUUCAUUGGAUAUCAUUGAUUGUUAUGUAUUUUAUUCAUCAAAGUAUACGCCGAGGACUGGCAGUUAAUAUACUGAUUAUUAUUGGAUUUAUUGUAUGUCCGGCAAUCAUAAUCUAUACAAAUGGUUAUCCGCCCUCACAUAUACUUACUAUGAGAAGUGAUUUUUUGCACACAAAAGGGGAGACAUUUAAAAGUUUUAAUCAAUUUUUUUGGAGUCCUUGGGCUCACGGAGUCGUCUUCUUUAUAGGACUGGCCUUCGGAUAUCAAGUUUACAAAUURAAUAUAAGAAAACUGUCACCGACAAGCAAACUGAUAGUAUGGACGGCACUAUUGGCCAGUUAUAUGUUCAUCUUUUACGACAGUCUUAUCUGGGCUUAUGGACAGACAUUUUCGGCACCGUUAGCGGCACUGAUGUAUCCAUUGAAAAAGAUUAUGUGGGCCUUGAACAUGGCUACACUAAUAUGGAUGUGCAUAUCGGGUAAUGCCCCGACACUCAACUCGUUUCUAUCGCACCGGGCGUUUACACCCAUGUCUCGUCUGACAUAUUCAGUCUAUUUGACACAUGCCUGGACCGUAUGGAUCUAUUGGGGAUCCAAACGUGAUUUGAUUGAUAUGAAAAACUUUACAAUCGCUACAAUGGCUGCCAGUGUUAUAUUUGUAUCGUUUUUCAUUAGUCUAUUGUUUUCGUUGCUAUUUGAGGCACCUUUCUAUGCAUUACAGUCUCAGUUGAAAAACUUGAAAAGUAGUUAUCGGAAGCCAAUGGCUAAUGGAUUUUUAAUAUUAUCAUCAUUACCACAAUCAUCCUCAUCAUUAUCAUCACCAUCACAAUCAUCAUUACAUUAUUCAAAUUGGUCUAAAUUGAUUGAUAAUUUGAUAACUAGUGCCCAACAAUUAGACAUUAGCAGAGAUUGUAGACAUAGUUUAGAGGAAAGUUUGUUGGCCUACAAUCUGAACGAGGACUGGGCACACAAAUUGUUUAACUCGUGGCCYAACUUUCCGCCCACUGGUUUCCUUAGCGGUACACUAACCGACUUUGGUGACUAUGACCAGUGUCUGGCAAUAUCCACCACCACCACCACCAUGCCGAUGCUAGCGGUAAUACCCAUACUGCCAUCAUCUCAUCAACAAUCAUUUAGUGAUAUUAAYGRCACAUCAUAUCGUAACAACACUAACAACAAUAACAAUGUUUUUGUAAAACUAUCGAAAAACAGUGCAUUUUUCUAUUGGUUUUUCAUUAGACUAGGCAUUUGUGUGCCCAAUAAGUGCACAUUAAGUGAUAUAACUUUAGUCGCUAAUAACGCAAUUGAUAAUUUUGGAUUAAACUUGAAAAAUGUUAAUUGUGAGUCUAAUAAAACAAUUAUACAAUUAGAUUCAAUACAAAUUGUUGCCAUUGUAACUCUAUUAUCGUUUUUAUUGUUGUCGAUAUUUUCAAUUUGCUAUUUAAGGAGCACCAGAUUUAAUCAUGGUAAAUCAAUAUUCAGCAAUAUUUGUAAAGCGUUUGCUUUUGAUAAACAUUGGCUGAAAUUGUUUUCAACAAAAUCUGGUCACGAAAUACAAUGUAUUAAUGGUAUCCGUGUAUUGACAAUAUGUUGGGUCAUAUUUGGACACACAAUUGAAUGGACUUUUCUUGGAUUUUAUCAAAAAGUGUUUCGGAUGAAAACAAUUUUAAAUUUACCUCAAAAUCAAGUGUUACUACAGGCCUACUAUGCGGUGGAAACUUUCUUUUUUAUUAGUGGUCUAUUGUUAAGCUAUAUGACUAUGAAAUAUACUAAAGGAAAGUUAGCUAAUUUUAAUACUGUGGGACUAUUGAUAACACGUCUAAUCAGAUUGUUGCCACAAAUGGCCGCUUUUAUACUGUUGACAAUGCUAUUGCCAUUAAUAGGUUCAGGUCCAAUUUGGGGACAGCAUAUCAAUACAAUUGUCAAUAAUUGUCGACAAAAUUGGUGGCAUAAUUUAUUAUUUAUGCAAACAUUUUUGACUAUCGAUGCCGAUGAAAAACAAUUGAACAUGAAACUAAUAAUAUGGACAGUUGUGGCAAUCGGUUAUGUAAUAUGUUUUUUUGAUAUAUUAUUCUGGUCUGAAGGACAGCCGUAUACGCCACUAAUAUCAGGCAUAUUAUAUCCGAUGAAAAAACUUUUAUGGAGUUUCAAUCUAUCGAUAUUAGUUUGGAUGUGCGUUACGGGUAACGCACCGAUUGUCAACUAUUUUCUAUCGGCCAAACUAUUUGCACCGUUAUCUCGMUURACUUAUUCAGUAUAUUUAGUACACGCAUGGGUUGUCUGGACAUUGUGGGCCUCCAGACGCGAUUUAGUCGAUAUCAAUACGUUUUCCGUAUUAUCCAUUUAUCUGACUGUAAUGUUUGUGUCCUAUAUUUUGGGCACAUUUUUUUCAUUGCUUUUUGAGGCACCUUUCCUUAUAUUGCAGGCUUAUCUUAAAAAAUGUUUUUUAGAUAAAAGUGAUAACAACAAUAUAGUGAUAACAAAUACAGAUGACAUUGAUUUGAAUCGUAAUUUUGUAGUAAAAUAA